CGGGGCCGGCGCGCGGCGGGCGGGGCGGGGCGAGGCGAGGCCGCGGCGGCGGCGGCGGCGGCGGCGGCGGCACCGGCACCAUGAUGGCGCAGCGGGCCCUGCGCAACCCCUACGCCGACUACGACAAGUCCCUGGCCACGGGCUACUUCGACCCCGCCGGGCGGCUGACUCCCGAGUUCACGCAGCGCCUGAACAACAAAAUAAGGGAGCUGCUCCAGCAGAUGGAGAGAGGCCUGAAGUCUGCUGACCCACGGGACUGCACUGCUUACACUGGCUGGACAGGCAUCGCCUUGCUGUAUUUGCACCUGUACGAUGUGUAUGGAGACCCAGCCUACCUCCAGGUGGCCCAUGAGUACGUGAAGAAGAGCCUGAACUGCUUGACAAGACGAUCCAUCACCUUCUUGUGCGGAGACGCUGGGCCCCUGGCAGUGGCUGCUGUCGUCUACCACAAACUGCAGAACCAGAAGCAGUCAGAAGACUGCAUCACUCGCUUGCUCCACCUACACAAGCUUGACUCACGAGUGCCAGAUGAGCUGCUUUACGGGCGCAUGGGCUAUCUCUAUGCAUUGCUAUUUGUGAACAAGCACUUCGGAGAGGAAAAGAUCCCUCAAAGUCACAUUCAACAGGUCUGCGAAGCAGUCGUGGCCUCAGGAGAGAACUUGGCCAAAAGGAAGAACUUCACAGCAAAGAGCCCCCUCAUGUAUGAGUGGUACCAGGAGUAUUACGUAGGGGCAGCCCAUGGCUUGGCUGGGAUUUAUUACUAUCUCAUGCAGCCUGGCCUUGGAGUGAGCCAAGUGAAACUGCACAACGCAGUCAAACCCAGCGUGGAUUACGUCUGCCAGCUCAAGUUCCCAUCGGGCAAUUACCCUCCAUGUAUCGAUGACACCAGAGACCUACUCGUCCACUGGUGCCAUGGGGCACCAGGUCUUAUCUACAUGCUUGUUCAGGCCUACAAGGUGUUUGGGGAAGAGCAGUACCUAAAUGAUGCCCUGCAGUGCGCAGAAGUGAUCUGGCAGUACGGGUUACUGAAGAAAGGCUACGGGCUGUGUCACGGGACAGCUGGCAACGCCUAUGGCUUCCUAGCACUGUACAACCUCACUCAGAACAUGAAAUACCUGUACAGGGCCUGCAAGUUUGCAGAGUGGUGUUUAAGCUAUGGUCAACAUGGGUGCCGGACUCCAGACACACCGUUCUCUCUCUUUGAAGGAAUGGCUGGAACGAUUUACUUUCUUGCUGACCUGCUGGUGCCGACCAAGGCUAAGUUCCCUGCAUUUGAACUCUAAACCUGAGCUUGGCAAUUCCCUGCCUGAAUCCUUCUGCACUUGGAAAAGCAGUUCAAAGUUGCUUUCCCCUUUCCAAACUCAUCGCCUUUACCUAACUGAACGUAAAUCCGUCCUCCUGAUGACAUGCUGAGUUCUUUAACAUUUCUAGUCAUCUCAUUGCAUUGUUUUUAUUUAAAAGACAGAAUUAGGAUUUUGCUGGUGUCUCCUAAAAAUGCAGGGCUGGGAGUGGGAGGGAGGAAAUAUAUAGUAUUUUAUUGGCUUUACAGAGUUUUGCUAUUUUCUGUAUCUCAUUUACUGGGAGAAAGUUUUCUAUUGAACGUACCUUUGCCCAUUUAACUUUUCUGUGCUGACAAGUAGUUACAGGAAUUUAGUUGCCUUUUGAAAACAAAAGAUGAACUGAACUACUGAGACUAUUGCCCUGCAAUUUGCUUCUGAACAUUUUCUUUCUGACCAUUCAGGGAGUAGGAAGCUCAGUAGCUGGGCUGCGCCACAUGAAGUGAAUGUGAUGGACUGCAGAGUCUCUAUAUAUGUCUUUUCUGUCAGAUUGCAAGUGGCACAGCUGGAGCUGACAUGCCAAAGCCUUGUCCUAGAUUUACACCUGUCUGCUUUAUAAGCAAAGGCUAUUAUGUAUAGCUUUUGGUGCAUUUUUUCAGUGACAGGCAAACAAAUAAUCCAGUGGCUUUUGUGCUUAUUCAUGAUCUUACAGUAAAUCUUCCAAAAGUCCAUCGAUCGUUGAAUGGAAAACUUCAGUUUAAAAGUAAGCUAAGAAUGCUUGCUGUUCGGCUUUGAAUUUUUUUUUCAGUCCAUGUUUAAAAUUGAGUACGAGCUUUAUAGAUGUUAGGUGGAACCAAGCCUACCAGCAGCAGCAUGGGAAAAGAAAUGUAUUCCACUGAGUUCUGUCAGUGUUUAAACCUGUUACCUGUGUAGGUGUUUUUUUCUUUUUUUACAGGCUUUGUUUUAUAAGCUUUCCUAAACCUGGAUAGUUCGAGUGACUUGUUUGGCUUGUUACUGCUUGUUGUAGUUUGACAUGCAAGCCCGAAUCCACCCAACUAGCAGCUGCAAAAUCCGCCCUAGGUUAAAAAGCUUUAGGCUGUCAGCAUACCAGAUCCUGGCAAGGGGUAAAUCUGCUUUGCUGUCCUCUGCUGAUGCUACGCGAAGUUGCAGCAGUUUGGGACCUGAUCCCGUGAGCCACUGUCUUACCCCAGAGCGUGAGCUAAAUGCUGAAUGCAGCGAAAGUUACUGAACCUGUUGUACUGCGUUUUGCUGGCUGCGGGAGGCUCCUCAGCCUGCACAGGUGUGGACGCGGGUUUCAGUCUUUCCAGGGUGCACUUACCGAGUGCUCAGGCUACCUCAGAGCAGCCUCCCCGGCAAGGGCCCACCAGGCAGGGCCGGGCGGCCUCCCAGCAGGCGAGCUCCCGUACCAGCAGUAGGGAGGCUGAGGCAGCCUCAGCUGCCCUGGCCCGCUCCGGAGCACGCCGUGCUUUUGCCACGAGGACCAGACCUGGCAUGGUAACAGUGUAACCUCUAACGGUGGCACAGGCAGACCCACAAGAACCUCGUGGAUGGGCUGCUUCAGCAAACAGUAGAAACCAGCCCCUGCAAGGUCACCUGUCUCCUCACAGCCCAGCCUUGUGCUGCCAUCACACACUUCAGCUGCUUUGUUAAGAAACAGCCUGAAGUGCAGAGAAGCUCAUCUGCUUUUGGGUGGGUGUCCCUGUCAGGAACCUCAAGCUCAUGCAGACUCGGUGGUCUUUUUCCUUAUCAUUCAUGGGGUUGCAACAGCAUGGGCAAGUGACUGGAAAGUAAGCAGCACAGCCUCAGGAGCAGGAUCUGGCUAAUCGAACAGCAUAGGGAUGUCAGGGAGUCCUGUAAAUGAGGCCUGCCAUAAGCUACCUUCCAGCCUGCCUGUUGUGGUGGCAGUGUGGUGGCACUUGCCUGCAAGCCUGGAUUCCUCCUGGGCAUCAUUUCCCCUCUACGAGACAGUUCGUGCAGCCUAGUGUCGUGGCAGCAUCAUGUCCCAGGGUUCGUAUAUUGGUCUGAAAAUCACCAGGGCCUGGUGUACAACUGGCAGAUGGUGCACUGUUUAAUAAAAUGCUAAAACAAACAAACUGGGUGAAUUUUCCCCCCCCCCCUUUAUGACCAGGAAUCACAGCUGAAGAGUUCAAGAUACGCCAACAGCCAUUCUGGUUAAGGUGCUACAAUGUUCUCACGCACCCAUAACAUGGAAGGUGACUGCAGAUUACGCUGUGAAUAGAUAAGUGCUGCUGGGAUGCUUCAGACACUUUUGCCCGUCCAGUUGCAGCAAUCCAAAGUGGCUUUUUCACAGGUGCUCACUAACACACAGAGUAUGAGUUUUACUCUGUAAAGGACUGUCAGGGCUUUACCUGAAACUAAGGAGCCCGAGAAACCAAGGGGAGGCCGCGAUGUAUGUUUGCUCUUGAAAGCACCAGGACUAUCGAAAGCAGUAGGACUAUUGCAGCAUUAGCCACCAGAAAGAGGAUGUGAUCCAGCCCUCCAGCAGGAGAGAUUUGGCUGCUUGAGGUGCCUUACAGCCAUAUUUUCUAUGAUUUCCAUUUCUAUUAAGGUUCGUGACAAAGCUCUUCAGGGAGAUCAUCUAGUAACUGGGAUGGGAAAGCGGCGUAGUAUGAGUCUUCACUGGUGGCCCCUCCUUCCUCAUACAGGGCUGUGGUGCUGCUCGCUUCCACCCGUCUCUGGGCCAAGCAGAGGGAGCAGGACGAAGCCUGGAGAGGCAACAGUUACAUGCAGAGUGGAAGGGAAGGAAGGGAACAGUAAAGCUGGUAUUGCCAGACCUCAGAAAGAUUCGGUAAAGCCCUAAAAAUUUGUAGGAUUUUAAAAUUAUUUUCAACAAGCUACUUCAUAUGGAUUUUAUCAGAAGUUUAGACAUUUAAAGAGUAGUUCUUAGGGAUGGUUAUGCUUGUCCGUAAUGGUGUUUUGUUUUAAAAUCAAGUGCCUCAUACCUGCAAGAAAUAAAACCACAGUUUGAAUGCA